AUGUGAUGCAGCCCCCUCCCCCACCCCCCCAAAUCCACAGCCUUCUUGCAGUGCUCUCAUUCGCUGCCCCUUGUAUAUCUCAGUCCCUCCCCUCCUCCCACCUCGUAAUUCACGUCCGUCCCCCCCCCCGCACUCCCAUAGCUCACAGCCUCCUAACCCACAGCUCACUGCCCCAUAACUCACUGCUCCCUAUAGUGCACCGCCCCACUGCAUCCUCUGAAAUCACUGUGUCCCUCAAAUUUGCACCCCCCACCCCUAUAAAUCACUGCACCUCAUAAUUCAGUGCCACCCCCUGCACUCCCACAGCUCACAGCCUCCUGGCCCCCAACUCACUGCUCCCUAUAACUCACCGCCCCUCUGCAUCCUCCUCAAUCACUGCAUCCCACUAAUAAGUCCCUGCCCCUAUAAAAAAAACCGCACCCCCAUCAUUCAUUAGCCCCCUCCCCACUGCUGUCCCCCCAGACUCUAGAGGGGAGAGGCUGCUUAUGCCCAUGCCCACAGUCUGCACACAGGGGGGAACAACACGGGGGUGAGUGGGCAGUGACUCAUGCCAGGGCUGCAGUCCCUCGGUGUGACUGUCACCAUGUCAUGCACCCCUCCCACACACCCCCGGGGAGGAAGCAGUGGAGGGAAAGGGGACACACAUGGCAAUGAAGGGAAGCAGUGCACACAGCCAGAUGGGGCUGACACCCUGUGACACCCCCUGGUGUCCCCAAUGUCCCCGUGCCACAGGUGCGGUGAGUGCGGGGCCUCGCUGUCCCACCAGUACUACGAGAAGGAUGGGCGGCUGUACUGCAAGAAGGACUACUGGGCACGGUUUGGGGAGCUGUGCCACGGCUGCACUGAGCAGAUCACCAAAGGGCUGGUCAUGGUGGCUGGGGAGCAGAAAUACCACCCCGAGUGCUUCAGCUGCCUCAACUGCCGAGCGUUCAUCGGAGAUGGGGACACCUAUGCGCUGGUGGAGCGCUCCAAGCUGUACUGUGGGCAUUGCUAUUACCAGAUGGUGGUGACGCCGGUCAUCGAGCAGAUCCUGCCUGACUCGCCGGGCUCCCGCAUCCCUCACACCGUCACCCUCGUCUCCAUCCCUGCCUGCUCCGAUGGCAAGCGUGGCUUCUCUGUUUCCAUCGACCCUCACUGCAGUGCCCAGGGCUGCGGUGCUGAGCACUCACGCACCGUCCGCGUCCGAGAGGUGGACCCGGACUGCAUCAGCCCCGAUGUGAAAAACUCCAUCCAUGUGGGUGACCGCAUCCUGGAGAUCAAUGGCACGCCCAUCGGCCACGUCCCACUGGAUGAGAUCGACCUGCUGAUCCAGGAGACCAGCCGCCUGCUGCAGCUGACCAUUGAGCACGACCCCCAUGAGCCCCUGCCCCGUGACUCAACGUUGCCCUGCAGCCCCCUGCCUGACCCACACAGCCCCCUGCGCUCUCCAGUCCCUGCACCCCAUGGAGACCUUGGCACCAUGCGCCAGCGUGCCGUCAUGAGGAGCUGCAGCACAGACAAGUCUCCGGGCUCCAGCUCGGUGGGCUCACCAGCUUCCCAACGCAAGGACAUCGGCCGCUCCGAGUCUCUGCGCGUCGUCUCUCGCGCUCACCGCAUCUUCCGCCCCUCUGACCUAAUCCACGGCGAGGUGCUGGGCAAGGGCUGCUUCGGCCAGGCCAUCAAGGUGACGCACAGGGAAACGGGCGAGGUGAUGGUUAUGAAGGAGCUGAUCCGCUUUGACGAGGAGACGCAGAGGACCUUCCUCAAAGAGGUGAAGGUGAUGCGCUGCCUGGAGCACCCCAAUGUGCUGAAGUUCAUCGGAGUGCUCUACAAGGAGAAGCGGCUCAACUUCAUCACCGAGUACAUAAAGGGGGGCACCUUGCAGGGCCUCAUCAAAAGCAUGGACAGCCACUACCCCUGGAGCCAGAGGGUCAGCUUUGCCAAGGAUAUUGCUGCUGGCAUGGCCUACUUGCACUCCAUGAACAUCAUCCACCGUGACCUCAACUCCCACAACUGCCUGGUGCGGGAGAACAAGAGCGUGGUGGUGGCCGACUUCGGGCUGGCGCGGCUGAUGGUGGAUGAGAAAAACCAACCCGAGCACCUCCAGAACCUGAAGAAGCCGGACCGCAAGAAACGCUACACGGUGGUGGGCAACCCUUACUGGAUGGCCCCCGAGAUGAUCAACGGGAGGAGCUACGACGAGAAAGUGGACAUCUUCUCCUUCGGCAUCGUCCUGUGCGAGAUCAUCGGCCGGGUCAGUGCUGACCCCGACUACCUGCCCCGCACCACCGACUUCGGCCUCAACGUCCGCGGCUUCCUGGAGCGCUAUUGUCCCCCUGCCUGCCCCCCCAGCUUCUUCCCCAUCGCCGUCUGCUGCUGUGACCUGGACCCUGAGAAGCGGCCGUCCUUCAGCAAACUGGAGCAGUGGCUGGAAACGCUGCGCAUGCACCUGGACAUCCGCCUCCCGCUCAGCUCGCAGCUGGAGCAGCUCACCUGCGCCUUCUGGGAGACGCACCGACGGGGCGAGGGGGGGCUGCCCCCCCACCCUGAGCUUCCUGACACAGCCCCCCACCUGCACCCCCUCUAAACCCGCAG